GACCAGAGCCUUGAGUCUAAGUAAAAGCUCCCUUCACAAUUUCUUCAUCGUCAUGCUCACAAUUUUAACCAAUAGGAACAUUUUGACCAAGGCACCACUGGUGAUACAUUGACCAACGGAAGGGUCAUUGGAGGCAUGCACCAGGUCACUGUUCCCGAGACUAUGAAAUGAGAAAAGGGACCAAGUAUCCUUUCCCGAAUGUCUAUGGCUUAUCUCUUCAAGGCUGGGCGCGAUACUUCUGUUGGACCGCUGCCCAAGUUUGUCUCUGCCGAAGAGCCUGCGAUUUAUCCCGAGAUGACUGCUCUUGAGUUCCAGAGGUGGAGAAAUAGCAUUGUCGACAAUCUUUAAAAAGGAAGAUGGCGUUAGGUUCAAUAGUUCGCUUGCUAUCAAACCUACAGGAGGCCUCCCGCCAAUGCAGAAUCUGUGGGAUGAGAAUGAUCUGGGAGGGACGAAGAGUAUUUCUGGUUCGAGAGAAUAUUUAAAUUGGUAGUUUUAGUUUGACAUGUUCCCAUCAUCUCGAAGACAUAACAAGCGCAUUAUACUAGUGCUGCUUUCAGUCUGUAAAUCCGGAUUUGAUGCGUAGAGAAAUUUACUCAGAGAGCACUCCGCAUAACUAGGUAUUUUGCAUCUUCAUUCGAGCUAGCUCUGAUUGUACGCUUGUCUUGUGAGCAAAUGUUACAGUGAGCAAUAAGUGAAAGUCUAUUCCAGGAGCCAUAACCAUCAGUGUGUAUUCCAACAAAUAUUCGAAGGUAUCUGUUGUUUUUCGAGUCAUGGCCACCUAGUAGAGGCACAACUCAUCUGUUGUUGCUUUCAAUGUCGCUUGAAGCAAUUACUAAGAUUGCCAACACGCUAUUUAUAAGCACUUGGAGAUCGAUUUUUAGCGACAGCUGCUCUUCGCUUGGGUUCAUGCGGGGGAGAGCGUGAACUACUAAGCGAUGGGUCUAUUAGGUCUAGUGGACUCAUGGAUUCACGGCUGCACGUUCAAAUGAGGAUUCUCGGCUAUUUCUCUCUUCUCCUGCUCUUCGUCUCUUUAACAUUACCCCUUUGCGCAACGGUGGAGUUGUGAUCUUGCAGCAUAUAUAUAUAUAUAUAUAAAACUCUAAAAUGGCAGUCGGAAAUACGCCAUCAGGCACUUACACGCUGUUGGAUAUCCCCACCAAGGCGCCACGUGUCUGUUGGUCGAUGAACACCUGGAGAACUAGAUUGCUUCUGAAUUACAAGGGUCUUGACUACAAGACAGAAUGGGUGGAAUAUCCGCAUAUCAAGUCUCGACUCAACGAGCAUGUCUCUCCCAAUGAGCAAGGACGUCAAUUUACCGUCCCUACUAUACAAAUGCCUGAUGGCUCUUACUUGAUGGACUCGUACAAAAUUGCCGAAUUCAUCGAGGAGAAGCACCCGGUUCCAAGCCUGCCUCUGAACACACCCAUUCAACUUAGAUUUAGGGAUAGCCUCAUACCAUUUAUGGGGAAGCUUGCACCAAUCUACGUUCCUAAUGUAGCGACGCAACUUCUCGGCGAGGAGAGUCUGGAAUAUUUUCUCACCACGCGCCAGGAAGACACCGGUAUGCCGCUAGAUGAGUUUAAAAAGCAGCAGGGUCCAGGAGCAUUCGAACGAUGCGAACCUUUUGCACGCGAGAUUACGGCUCUGCUGAACGAAUCUUCAUCAGGGCCCUACUUUAUGGGCGAUACUAUCAGUUACACCGAUUUUAUGUGGGCGGGUAUUCUGCUUUUCUUCAAACGCCUUGGCACUGAGGAGUAUCAGGAAGUGUUGAGAGUUACUGGAGAUGCUGGAGCGCACACCAGAUUUUUGGAUGCUUUGAGCCCGUGGACAGGAAGGGAAGACUAGAGAGCCAAGAAUGUGCUUGCCGCUGCUUUGGACAGUAAAUAGUGCAGCAACUGGGUCUUAUAUAGCCACUUCUAGAUCAG